AACAGCUACUCUCCUGCAGAAGUGAGUCAAUGACAGAUACAAUUUCUGGGCAGCAGGGGCGGACUGACAACUCAUGGGGCCCCCGGGCAAUAGGGGAUCAUGGGGCCCCUCAGUCCUUGCCCAAACUCAAAAAAGCCUAUGAAAAAGGUUCCAAGGGCAUCUCAUGGGGUCCCCUACUGACCCCGGGCCCUCGGGCAGUGCCCAAGUUUCCAAAUGGUCAGUCCGCCCCUGGUCAGCAG